AUGGAUAUUCCCGUCCUGAAGACCAAUGGUCACGAGAGGCUGGCCUCGCUGGACAAAAGCAUGCCGCCGGCAUCGCCUACUCUGCCGAGUCCGACGAUCCGCAGGAACAAAAGUGACGGAAAACUCAUGGCCCAGGAUGUCAAGGAGGCCCGAGUGAAGGUCAUCUACACUGGCGGCACCAUCGGCAUGGUGCGCAACGAGCGGAAUGUGCUGGCUCCCAUUCCCAAUGCCCUGGUGCGCAGCAUACGCAAAUAUCCGAACAUCCACGAUGAGGAGUACGCGCUGCGACGCUUUGGAGCAUCUGCAUCGAUGGCUCCACUGGUGCUGCCCAUUGUUCAGGGCGUGGAUCGCCGGGUUAUCUACCAGAUCGCGGAAUAUACACCGCUGCUGGACAGCAGCAAUAUGACGAUGAACGAUUGGGCGCGAAUCGCCAGUGAUAUUCAGCAAUCGUACGAGUUCUUCGAUGGCUUUGUGGUGCUCCAUGGCACCGACACGCUUUCCUACACCGCAUCUGCGUUGUCGUUCAUGUUGGAGAACCUGGGCAAGACGGUGAUCAUCACGGGCUCCCAAAUACCGAUCUUUGAGACGCGAACCGAUGGCAAGGACAAUUUUACGUCGGCCUUGAUCAUUGCCGGUAACUACAUCAUUCCGGAGGUUUGCAUCUUCUUUGGCCACAAGCUGAUGCGCGGCAAUCGGACGGUGAAGGUCAGUUCGAAUGCCUUGGACGCGUUCGAUUCACCGAAUGUUCCGCCGCUGGCAAGGAUCGGCAUUGAUGUGAACGUCGACUACCGCCUAAUAUUCCGGCCAUGCACAAUUGAAAGGUUUUGCGUACACUUGAAUCUCGACGAGAACGUCGGCUUGGUGCGAAUCUUUCCGAGCAUUUCGCAUUCCACAUUCCGGGCAUUCCUGGCUCCACCGAUUCGCGGCGUUGUCCUGCAAUCUUUCGGGUCUGGAAACAUACCAUCGAACCGAACAGACCUCAUCGAUGAACUGCGUGCGGCUGGCGAACGAGGCGUUAUCAUCAUCAAUUGUACGCAGUGCCCCAAUGGCACAGUGGCGGAGAUCUACGAUACGGGCAAGGUGCUCUGCGAUGUCGGUGUAAUUCCCGGUUUCGAUAUGACGCCCGAGGCGGCGCUGGCCAAGCUGGCCUAUGUCAUCGGCAAGGAGGAGUGGUCACUCGAUAUAAAGAAGCAGAUGAUGCAGUCAAACCUGAGGGGCGAACUGACCUCCUUAAAGGCUGCCAAAAUAGAGGACUACGACUUGGUGGAUGCAGUGGCUCGGUCUCUGCACUUGUCCUCGCCCCAAGAACUGGAUCAGCUGAGCGAAACGCUCUUUCCGGCCAUGAUUAACGCCGCUGUGGCCGAAGGUGAUCCCAAGAAGAUCAACAACUUGAAAGCCUAUGGCGCCGACUUGUCGGGCACGAAUCAUGACCAGCGAACGGCCCUGCACUUGGCUUGUCAGCUGGGAAACGUGGAGAUCGUCAAGUACCUACUGCAGAACGGGGUGUCCGUGCACGUGCGUGAUCGGUAUGAUCGCACUCCACUUCUGGAGGCUGUCGCCACCGAUAGCCACGAGAUCAUCCAGCUACUAAUCAACUGUGGUGCCCAUUUGACGGGCUCUUCGCGAGCGGUGGGCGAGCAAUUGUGUGCGGCAGCUGCCAGGGGAUCGAUGAUCAGAUUGAAGUCCUAUCAAUAUGCCGGUGCCGAUCUCGCCCAGUCGGAUCCUUCGGGCAGGACGGCCUUGCACGUGGCAGCACUGCACGGAUUUCCGGAGGUGGUGCAGUACGUCCUGCCCUAUUUCGAGAAUCCGCACGAAAAGGACAUGCUCGGCCUGACCGCCAUGGAUUAUGCGGAGCGCGGCGGACACGCAGCGGUUAUGGAGGCCCUAAAAUCAUAGGAAUCUCUACCGAACCAUACAUACCUCGUUCCUGCAGCAUUAAAAAAAAAAAACACUGGAGGCUAGAGUUAUUUCUUUAACAGAUUAUUCUGCGACACCCCGAGUUUCGAGCUCUUUUGUACUUAAGUGUUGCAUCUAGUCUGAUGGUUCCUUAUUAUCAGUUGUGCAUAACUCGCAUAUUAACGAUGUUGUCGUGCUAGUUUUUAUUAUUAAGUGUCGAAAUGUUUAACUAAUCCCUGACCUUUUUUUAAGUAGUCCUUAUUUACUUAUGUAUCCAUUGAAUGCAAUAAUAUUAUUAGCGAAAACCAAAAGUUAAACACUCAUAUGAGAAUAAUUAAGUGUCUAAAAUCAAACAUCGAACAUUGUAAUCGGUUGUAUAACAAGGUAUAUACUAGUAUAAUUUGUUGUAUA